GCUAACUCGCCCUUCUGUUCUCUCCUAUCGUACAAGCCCAGAUGGCUGGUGAGACUGAGAGCCAGCAGCAGAGACCUCCUCUGCUACCCGACCGACACGACGGGCUAUCCUCCAAUUCGACCCCUCGCAUCGUCCCGCUUCCGACUCCUACCAUUCAGACCUCCGCACCUUCCCCUGGUGACCCCAUGGAGGUCACCACGCCGACCGCUACCACGGCCACGACCGCUGCCGGCGGCCACUCUCCCCGGAGCGCAUCGCCUGCCCGGCAUCACCACGAUGGCAGCACUAAUGGCGCCGCCUCCGACACGGCCAAGAAUUCUUCUCUCGCCCCCCUAUCCUCCGGGCCCAACGACGCCAUCAAUUCCAUGCCGGCCCCGCCUGCCGCCGCCGCCGCCGUCCAUCAGCCUAAGAUCGUUCAGACCGCUUUCAUUCACAAACUCUACAACAUGCUGGAGGAUCCCACCAUACAACAUCUAAUAUCAUGGUCUCCGAGCGCUGAGAGUUUCGUAAUGUCACCAUCGCCCGACUUUUCGAAAGUACUUGCACAAUAUUUCAAGCACACCAACAUAUCCUCAUUCGUGCGACAACUGAACAUGUAUGGGUUUCACAAAGUGAGCGAUGCUUUCAAUACCGGCAACCCUGACAUGGCGCUCUGGGAAUUCAAGCAUGGCAACGGCAAUUUCAAGAGAGGUGACCUAGUGGGCCUUCGCGAAAUCAAACGUCGAGCAUCACGCCACGCGCUUGUUCAUAGAGAGUACCCCAGCGCCAAGGUCAGCUCCUCCCAGCCAGGUACCCCGUCCGAUAAUAUGCCGGUACCCCCGGAAAUGAUGGAUCCGAGAAUCAACAAUAUCGAACACUCUCUCUACGACCUUAGCAUACGGCUACAGAGGAGCGAGGAGAACGCGCAUUUCAUGCAGGUCAAGUACCAGGCAGUCAUGGAGACAAUGGGAAGGUUGUUCCACGUGAAUCAGGAGCUGUCCAGAGCCAUUCUGGGGCUGGUGCCAGACCAGGGGCAUCCGGUUCAUAGAGACAUCAUGCAAUUGCAAGCCGAGAUGCAGCGACAAGCCGAGAUGCUUCGCACUAUUGACGAGCCCCACGAGCCAGGAUUCGGAAACUCACGUUCGUAUUUCUCCAAUGUUGACAACGCGCCCGUCUCGCCUCGUCAGCUUCCGCAGGAUGAUCCGAGAAGAUCGAACCUGGCCCCUCCCCCGGCACGGGGUCAGGCCAACCUCUACCGUCCGCCCGUCCCAUCCGGGCUGUCCAACAGCACGCCCAGGCGGUACGGCUCUAUACCGGGUCCCAACACGGCCCCCCAAUCACCGUCUCCUUUGCGCGGAACCGCACCGCCGCCGCCACCUCCACACCCACUUGGCCAGGUCGAACCACCCCCUGGCAGUCUUGCCCGACGCCACACGUCCGCCGAUAUCCGCGUGCAUGCCUGGCAGCAGCCGAAUCCUCCUCAGUUUGUGUCCGCCGGUCCUCCCCCAACCCAUUGGCCGCCUUCUCCGAACCGACUAGCGCCCGAAGACCAGCGCAUCCGAGACUCGCUUUCCACCUACUCCCUCACGAACGCAUCGCAGGUGCGACCUGGUUCGAGUCCGGCCACUCCACCGCCGCCCUCGCACUCGCACCCGCACCCGCAUCCGCAUCCGCACCCGCACGCCCACUCGCAUUACCCUCCUCCUCCCGGAGCUGCGCCCCCCGCCGCCGAACCUUUCGCCAAUUGGUCGUGGAAUACGGCCAGUCGGGGUAGUCUGGCGGUGAAGGACAGCUCGCUUCCUCCGACGCGAAGGGGAAGCAUGGCACACAUUCUGAACCCGACAGAUACGGCUGAGCGGGAAAACGAGGACGAGGAUCCACGGGGAGACGAUGACAGGAAGCGGAAAAGAUUACAGUAAGGUGUCUUCUUCUCUUUCGGCAUUCGAAAUAAUAUCGGUUUGGGUUCUGAAGGGCUCCACGGAGAGGAUUGUGCCGUCUACGUCUUCGGGGUGGGAGAUGGCACGUACAUAAUUAAGACGACACCUAUAACCGGAUAACUGUCAGGCCGGGACGCUUGACGGGAUUUCUGUAAUGGGGCAACGGGGGGUACAUG